AAAGAUGAAGUCUCAGUUGAAUUAUUUCGGAUCAAUCAAGCUUUUUAAGAAUGCCAAAAUGAUAUUUCCCUCGAAAAAGCCUCCUAUAAGCAAGAGGACUCUUGGAAGUACUCAGGAUAUGGUUUUCACUAAGAGGGAUACUAGGUCAAAAUGAGUAAAAGAAGAGAAGAAGGUAUUUUCGUGGAGAUCAGACUCUCGAAAUAAAUUUUAUUUACAUAAAUAAGAACAAGAAGGAGAAACCCCAGAAAUCAAAAAACCACAACAAAGAGCGCGAAUCAUCCUCUAGAAGACACUCGCAUGAGUUUACUCAUCAGCAGAAUGGGGCAGUCAUGAGCAAUAACUUGAGUUUGAGUAAAAACUGGCCCUCAACACGACAGAAGAACAAGAGCUUAAAAUUUCAGAACAAUAUUUAGCAAAAGGAUUGACUUGCGAUAUUAUUCAAAUAAGGUUUCAAGGAAGCAGUCACCCCAACAUUCUGGAAAUCUGAGGCUAAAUCAGAGUAAAAACUCUCAUAAGUCCAGGGCAGAUCUUGGGUCAUGAAGUUCGAACAGAUUCAAUUAUGAUUCUACCAAAAUUCCACCCCAAAACAACUUCCAGGUCAAAAAUAAUAGCCAUUAUUCAAGCGUGAAGACAAAUCUGAAGAAGAAUAAAAUUAUCCAAAAACGCAAAAAGAACAAAUCUAAUCUAUGCAGCAUGGAAGAGGCUAAGAAGAAAAAGAGGAAGGAGAGGGACACUAUGAAUCUAUCCAAGAACCUUUCAGGUCAUUCUUCCAAGGUUACAUCAAUGAAGUCUUCGGAGUUAAACCUUCAUACAAGGAAUAGAGUUAAGAACACCUCUGCAAUGUAUAAAUUUAACACCGAAAAUUUGCUAAAAUAAAUUGUUAGAACAUAAGACUAAGUCAGAGAGCUCUCAACCGGUACAGGACUGUAUUGGACAAGGACAAGCAGGAGCCAAACCUCCUGUGAUCAAAUUUCCUAGAAAAAGGAAGAGAAAAGAGAAAUCAAGAGAGCAGAAGAGUAAAAUAAACUGAAUGGGCCAGAAAAAUUUAGCUUCAGAGAGAUCACCAGUUUGAGUGUCUACCUUGAAUCAAGACAACGAGGAAUGAAAGAAUUUCAAAGUAGAGUUUAACAUAAAUGAAAUAAAUACUAAACAUUGUCGAGGUACCUUAGAAGACCACUUGAAUGAUUCAUCAUCUCUUCUAAAGGCAGAAUCAGGCACAGAGGAUCUUUCAGAGUUAGAAGAGUUCGCAGAUAGGAAUCAAUUCAACAAGUUGCUCAUGGGUGAUGGAGACAGCAGGCGAGAAGUCAAUAUAAGCGUGAUCACUCUGAGAUCAAAUGAGUAGUCUGAUAUAAAAGCAAAGAGAGCUGAAGGAUAAUGAGACUCUCUUUGUUGAAA